AUGAAAGACUAUUAUUCAUAUAUUCCUGGCACCAAAAUCCAAGGGAAUGAUCUGUAUAACCUUAGAGAUAAGGUUCGUCAACUUUUGCAGCGUCCAAAUGAUUCAUUUCCUGGAUCACAGCCAGUCAGUUUCUCAAAAAAUCAUAUACAAACACUUAUGGAUAACGACUAUUAUUUGUGUGAAAAAUCAGAUGGUAUUCGUGUACUUUUAUAUAUUACAGCAGAAAAGAAUAACUUAGGGAAAAUAUCAGAAAAAAUAUAUUUGAUUGAUCGAAAAAAUGAUUAUUAUGAUGUUCAAAAUCUUCAUUUUCCAGUCUUAAAUGAUACCACAUUUCGUAAUUUUCAUAAUGAUACGUUACUAGAUGGAGAAUUAAUUUUAGAUGAAUAUGAAAAUGAUAUAAAAACUUUGAGAUGUCUUGUUUUUGAUUGCCUUUCUGUUCAAGGAAAAUUAUUAUUAAAUAAACCUUUGGAUAAACGACUUGGGUAUUUAAAAGAAAAUAUUAUGGAUCCUUUAAAUAAUUUUUGUUUAAAAUAUCCAGAUUUUGUACAAAAAAUGCCUUUUCGAGUUGAUUUUAAAAAGAUGGAGCUUUCAUAUGCAAUUGAAAUGAUGUUCAAAGAUAUUAUUCCAUCUCUUCGACAUAAAAACGAUGGACUUAUAUUCACAUGUCUUAAUGCUCCUUAUACAUGUGGAACAGAUGAAACUCUUUUAAAAUGGAAACCUCCCGGUGAAAAUUCUGUAGACUUUUUAUUAAAUUUGCAAUUUCCACUAUUACCUAAUAGUUCAAGUGAUUUUAAUUACAAUUCUAUGCCGAGAUUUAGACUUUCUGUCUGGGAAGGCGGAAACAAAUAUUCUGAAAUGUAUGAUAUGUAUGUUAGUCCUGAAGAAUGGGAACAAAUGAAAGCAUUAGGCGAACCUCUUAACCACAGAUUGGUUGAAUGUAUAUGUGACUCUCAAAAAAGAUGGCGCUUUUAUAGAUUUAGAGAUGAUAAAUCUCAUGGAAAUUUCAUAGAUGUUGUAUUAAAUGUAUUAAAAAGUAUUGAUGAUGGUGUAGACAAAGAAGAAUUAAAAAAAGCUGCUUAUGAAAUCAAAAGACAUUUUAAAGCUCGGGCUGCUAAUAAAUUAAAAGCACAUUCAUAA